CGAGGACUUCUCGCCGUCCCUACGGUCACUCGAAAGCAAGUGAGAGACAGCGUGAGACCACCGUGCAGUCAUGCCCAAGAAUAAAGGUAAAGGAGGUAAAAAUAGAUGUAGAGGUAAGAAUGAGAAUGAAUCUGAAAAGCGAGAGUUGGUGUUCAAGGAGGAUGGGCAAGAAUAUGCUCAGGUAAUCAAAAUGUUGGGGAAUGGACGAUUAGAAGCCAUGUGUUUUGAUGGUGUAAAGAGGUUAUGCCACAUCAGAGGGAAAUUAAGAAAAAAGGUUUGGAUAAAUACCUCAGACAUCAUAUUGGUUGGCCUCCGAGAUUACCAGGAUAACAAAGCUGAUGUAAUUUUAAAAUACAAUGCAGAUGAAGCUAGAAGUCUGAAGGCAUAUGGCGAGCUUCCAGAGCAUGCUAAAACCAAUGAAACUGAUACAUUUGGUCCUGGAGAUGAUGAUGAAAUUCAGUUUGAUGACAUUGGAGAUGAUGACGAAGACAUUGAUGAUACUUAGAAUGAACUCGGCAUAUUACAUUCCAGUCUUUCUGAAGAUUAUUCUACAAGUUUGGAAUCUGGCUGUAGACCUCGAGGAAAAGUUUUUGCUCUCAUGAUUGU